AUGUAUGAACCCUUGACGUUCAACAAGUCCCUGAAAGACCCCACAAACAUAGAGUGUUGGUUGUCCACUGUGGAGGGGAUUUUUCAAUACAUGAGGUGUUUAGAGGAACAGAAGCUGCAAUGUGCCACUUUUGUUCUCAUCGAUAAUGCCAAGUGCUGGUGGCGCUCAGCUGAGAAAAUGAUAGAAACCAGUGGAGGCCAAGCCACAUGGGACCAGUUCAAGGAACGGUUUUACGAGAAGUACUUCUCUGCUCAUGUGAGGUACAACAAGCAGGUUGAGUUCAUGAAUCUGAAGCAGGGGACCAUAACAGUAGAGGAGUUUGAUAGGUUGUCUUGCUUCACCCCUGAUCUGGUGUCUACUGAAGCAAAGAGGGCUAAAAGAUUUGUGCAAGGACUCCAGGACGGGGUGUGA